AAGAUGAACGACAGUGCCUUUGCUCUGAUCUCAAUUUUCAGGGACUGGCGUUAACGCCAAUUGGCCUACAGCCGCCAUAGAGCAGCCAACUCCGUUCUACUUGACUCAGCUCAGAGUGAACCAGUUGUCAGAGAGCGAUGGAAGCAGACUGUCCUCUCAGCCACUUCCGGAGUACUGGUGUUCGAUUGCAUAUUACGAGUUGGAUACCCAAGUCGGUGAGACAUUCAAAACACCUUCUACGCAUCCGUCAGUAACGGUCGAUGGCUACGUCGACCCUUCAGUGGUUAAUCGCUUCUGUCUCGGCGCCUUGUCCAACGUGCACCGUACCGAAGCCAGCGAAAAGGCGAGGUACUUUGUUUGUUUCCCUGGACUUAAUUGUUGACC